AUGGCUCCACGAACCGUGUCUCUCGUCUCGACGUUGGGACUCCUCUCAUGUCUUCUAUCUCCAGUUGUAGCCCAGACAUUUUCAUACUGCAACCCGUUGAAGCAGGACGAUUGCCCUGCCGCGCCAGCUCUGGGGCAGAACUUCACCACCAACUUCACUAACCAACUUAGCGAAAAGGUCUGGAACACCACCAACGGGAUCGUCGAUAUCACAGAGCAUGGAGCGAACUUCACAAUCAACCAGCGACUCGACUCGCCCACCCUCCAAUCCUACUUCUAUAUCUUCUUCGGCACUGUCGAGGUUCACAUGAAGGCCGCAACCGGACGAGGUGUGGUUAGCAGUAUAGUCAUCCAGUCAGAGGUUCUGGAUGAAAUCGAUUGGGAAUGGGUCGGUUCGGACACGAACAAGGUCCAGACCAACUAUUUCGGCAAGGGAAAUACCACCUCCUAUGACCGCGGCAAGACCUUUGACGUUCCGGGAGCUAUGGAUGCAUUCCAUAACUAUACCGUCAACUGGACGCCAGAAAAGAUCGAAUGGUAUAUUGAUACCAAGUUGGUCCGAACCCUGAUGUACGAGGAAGCCCUCGGUGGAAAGAACUUUCCCCAAACCCCUUCGACCGUUCGCUUAGGUAUCUGGCCUGGUGGAGAUCCCCUGAACAAGCCGGGUGUUAUUGAAUGGGCUGGUGGUGAAAUCGACUACUCCCAUUCACCAUAUACGAUGAGCGUCCAGCAGUUGAAGGUCGUCGACGCCCACAGUGGAAAAGAGUACCAAUACUCCGACAAGUCUGGCGACUGGCAAAGUAUCAAAGUUGUAGGCGGUGUAUCUGAUAUCGCGAACGAAAUCAACAAACCCCCCGCGAAGUCCCUCGCUCAGAGAUGGCGAGAACUCCCCUCCGCAGCCAAGAUUGCUAUAUUCGCUUCCAUUGGCGGAGCUGUUCUUCUGGGUAUGGGCGUCAUAGCCUUCUGCUGUGUCAAGCAACGACGAGUUGGACGACGCGAGUUCUCCAUGGAGAACAGCAAGUUUGUCGAAGACCAGAACAACGUCAUGGCCAUGAGGACUCAAUGGAGCCACAAAUAUAAACCAGUCGGUGCUUGA